CCAACACCCACGGAAGAGAAACGCACCUGAAAGUAACCGACAGCUCACCGACGCGUUGGAGCCUCUCGGUCUGUUAGUGGCCGGCAGGGAGGGAGAAGAUCCAGAGGAGCUAGAGGGGGCAGAGCAGCGGGAGCUGACCUCCACAGGGAGUUUAAAGUCAAGGGAUCCGACGCCCAAAUCCUCCCUGAACUCCCCACGACUUUCCACCCCAUUCCAGACCCUCCACUGUAGGAUUUCAGCCAGGGACGUCCCACCAACUGAAAACAAGAGCUCCCUGCAAUCUUUGCAUGACAGACGCUGACCCUGUGUGACCUGAUUUCAGAGCUGAAACUGGCCUGGUUCCCCCUCUCACGAAGGUCAAACUCUAUCAAACUCAAAACGAAUUAUUAUUCUGGAGAGCUCAUUCUCCCCUUAUCUCAGGGGAAACGACUAAGUCAAUGGCGCUGUGUCUCGGACAAGUCUUCAGCAAAGACAGAACAUUCAGGCCAAGGAAGCGGUUUGAGCCCGGCACCCAGCGAUUUGAACUCUACAAGAAGGCCCAGGCCUCGCUCAAGUCCGGCUUGGACCUGAGGAAAGUGGUUCAGCUCCCGGAGGGAGAGAACAUCAACGACUGGAUUGCUGUUCAUGUGGUGGAUUUCUUUAAUAGGAUCAACCUGAUCUAUGGCACAGUGAGCGAGUAUUGCACGGAGCGCACGUGUCCCAUCAUGUCUGGGGGGCUGAGGUACGAAUACAGGUGGCAGGACGGUGAUGACUACAAGAAACCCACCAAGCUGCCCGCUCUCAAGUACAUGAACCUGCUGAUGGACUGGAUAGAGUCGCUCAUCAAUAAUGAGGACAUCUUCCCCACCAGAGUAGGUGUACCUUUCCCCAAGAACUUCCAGCAGGUGUGCAAGAAGAUCCUGAGCCGUCUCUUCAGAGUCUUUGUGCACGUUUACAUCCAUCACUUUGACAGCAUCUGCAGCAUGGGUGCAGAGGCCCACAUCAAUACCUGCUACAAGCACUACUACUACUUCAUCUCAGAGUUCAACCUCAUUGAUCACUCUGAACUGGAACCCCUGAAAGAGAUGACGGAUAAGAUAUGCAAUUAAACAAAAGCACAUGGACAAAGGAGUUUACAUUUUGAUGUUAUCUGAGCCCCGUGAGAAAUCAUCAGCUUCAAAACACUCAAAGCAAAGAACAAUUUUACAUAAAGUUGCAUGUGUGGUGUUAGCAUAACUGGGGAAGGUCCAAUUAUGUACCACACUUCUUCAGAUGGUGGCACUGCACCUUCACAGAUGUUUUUACUUACAGUCAUUAUUGUGCUGUGAUGCCAUCAUUAUAGGACUUUGUAUUGGUUUAUAAUACUACAUCUCCUGUACUUAUCCUUUUCUUUAUUCGUGCAUGUAUGUUUAUGUUUGACUUUUAUAUAUGUUUUGAUGUAGUGUUGUCUUAUUUUCAUGAAUGAAAGUG